AGUGAGAAAAGGAGCAGGCAUCAGUAAGAGAACAGGAGCUAGCUGGGAAGAGGAGGGGCUGCUCAUGAGCAAAUGGAUAGGGAGAGAGAGUUUUGAGUGGAGGCGGAGGGUGGCUGAAAGUGCUAGCGGGCUAGGACUGGUACACACAUACACACACACACAGGAAGAGAAGAGAAGGAGAAAUAUUGCUGUGCAUUGUUCAGACUUCUAUCGUGUACUGUUCUGCGGCUUCUUACUCCCCUAUCAGGAACAAAAGUUCUCACGCAGUUUUGUCUUCGGCCUUUCUGGACUUUCUGUGCUGAAAUGGGGAUGAGGUACUCUGUGGAUUGGCAAAGGGGCAGCAAGCGCUGAGGUGAAAUUCUUCUCUAAGUAGCCAGGCAAUGCUAUUGCUCCUCCUCUGCCAAUGCAGUUUCUCUCUUCAGUGAACUAGGUGGAGGAAACAAAGUGAUAGCACCUUUUUGGAUCUCGUUUCCUGAGCCGCAGUCAUUCAGGAUGAUGCAUUUAACUAGCACCUGUGGAGGAUAGUAUCCAGCUCUAAACAGCCAAGAGGAGCUGCAAGUGUCAAAAGUGUAAAGAUUUUUUUUUGUUGAAGUUGUACAUUUUCGAGAGGAGUGGAAUGUUUGAAAGUGGCAGGAGACUUGUAAAAUUUGUGCCUUGUGGUGAAGCCUAACUUUUGGGAGCCACUAUGCUGAGCCUGCAGGAUUCGGUCUUCUUCGAGAUCAGCAUCAAAUCUCUGCUCAAGUCUUGGAGCAGCAGCUCAUCUGCACCAGUCAGCAGCAGCGCAAGUAGACGUCGUACCCCCACCUCUGUGACUCCCCUUUCGUGGGAGAAACACAACAUUGCUGCCAUGUCGAGCAUCACCAUCGACCCCGAGCUUAAGCCUGGGGAGUUUGUCAUCAAGAGCCUUUUUGCAGAAUUUGCUGUGCUUGCGGAGAAGAAGAUCGAGAUGGUGAUGGCAGAGCCACUGGAGAAACCCCUGUCCCGAUCCCUCCAAAGAGGGGAGGAUGCACAAUUUGACCAGUUAAUAAGCUCUAUGAGCUCAAUAGCAGAACACUGUUUGCCCUCCCUGCUUCGCACACUUUUUGACUGGUACCGGCGGCAGAGCGGCACUGAGGAUGAGUCUUAUGAGUACAGGCCUCGCUCAAGUACAAAGUCCAAAGGAGAUGAACAGCACCGGGAUAAAGAUUACCUUCUAGAACGGAGGGACUUAGCCAUAGAUUUCAUUUUUUGUUUAGUUUCUGUGGAAGUUCUGAAACAGAUUCCUCUUCACCCAGUGCCAGAUGUUUUAGUCCAUGAAGUUCUAAACCUGGCAUUCAAGCACUUUAAACACAAAGAGGGGUAUUGUGGCCCCAACACUAGCAAUGUGCAUAUCAUUGCGGACCUGUAUGCUGAGGUCAUUGGAGUGCUCACACAGUCAAAGUUUCAGGCAGUAAGGAAAAAGUUCAUCACAGAAUUAAAGGAGCUGAGACAAAAAGAGCAGAGUCCUUUUGUAGUCCAGAGCGUCAUCAGUCUUAUCAUGGGCAUGAAGUUCUUCCGCGUUAAAAUGUAUCCUGUGGAGGAUUUUGAGGCUUCAUUUCAGUUCAUGCAGGAGUGUGCGCAAUAUUUCCUGGAAGUGAAAGAUAAGGACAUAAAGCAUGCUUUAGCAGGCCUUUUUGUUGAGAUCCUCAUCCCUGUCGCAGCUGCGGUAAAAAAUGAAGUCAAUGUGCCGUGCCUGAAGAACUUUGUGGAGAUGUUGUACCAGACGACAUUCGACCUUAGUUCCAGAAAGAAGCAUUCUUUGGCUCUGUAUCCCCUGGUGACAUGCCUGCUGUGUGUUAGUCAGAAGCAGUUCUUCCUCAACAACUGGCACAUCUUCCUCCAGAACUGCCUCUCCCACCUGAAGAUGCCGUCUAACAACAGCAUCCGAAAGCAGAUUGAGACCCUGCAGAACAAAGACCCAAAAAUGUCUCGUGUUGCUCUGGAGUCGCUCUACAGGCUGUUGUGGGUCUACAUUAUCAGGAUCAAGUGUGAGAGUAAUACGGUCACACAAAGCCGUCUUCUUAGCAUCGUUUCAGCACUUUUCCCCAAAGGUUCGCGCAGUGUUGUGCCAAGAGACACGCCCCUCAACAUCUUUGUCAAGAUCAUCCAGUUCAUAGCUCAGGAAAGACUGGACUUUGCUAUGAAGGAAAUUAUCUAUGACCUCCUGUGUGUGGGCAAGUCUCACAAAACGUUUACCAUUAACCCAGAGAGGAUGAAUAUCGGUUUGCGAGCCUUCUUGGUGAUUGCCGAUAGCCUACAGCAGAAAGAUGGGGAGCCUCCUAUGCCUACAACAGGAAUCAUCAUGCCCUCUGGUAACACCUUACGUGUCAAAAAGAUCUUCCUUAACACCACCCUCACUGAUGAAGAAGCCAAGGUCAUAGGCAUGUCACUGUACUACCCGCUAGUAAGAAAGGCCUUAGAUAACAUCCUACGACACCUUGACAAGGAGGUUGGGCGCUCCAUGAGUAUGACCAGUGUACAGAUGUCCAACAAGGAGCCUGAGGACAUGAUCACGGGAGAGAGGAAGCCAAAGAUUGAUCUGUUCCGCACAUGUGUGGCCGCCAUCCCAAGACUGAUACCAGAUGGCAUGAGCAGACAAGACCUAAUAGAGCUUCUCGCCAAACUGACCAUCCACAUGGAUGAGGAGUUGCGGGGCCUUGCCUUUACAACUCUGCAGGCCCUGAUGGUUGAUUUCCCAGAGUGGCGUGAGGAUGUUCUCUCAGGCUUUGUCUACUUCAUUGUCAGAGAGGUGACUGAUGUCCACCCCACCCUGUUGGAUAAUGCUGUCAAAAUGCUUUUGCAACUUAUCAGCCAAUGGAGGCAAGCAGUGCAGAGCAGCAAUAAGAGCCAUGAUGCACAGAGCUCCAGCAGUGGACGUUCUCUGUCUCUGGACCGUAUUCAUUCUCUUGGCGUACUACAUGUAGUUGAAGGUUUAGCUCUGGUGGUUCUGUGUAGCUGCCGCCCUGCUACACGCAGGCUGGCCGUUAAUGUCCUCAAGGAGGUCCGUGCACUGCACACAGCACUGGGCAUUGGCAAGAGUGAUGAAGAGUUGGCUAUUGAUGUAAUGGACAGAUUAAGCGCAUCUGUGUUGGAGAGUUUCAUUCAUCUCACUGGAGCUGAUCAGACCAACCUGCUAUAUUGUCCCAGUGGGAUUGAUCUUCAGACGCUUGCAGAAUGGAGCUCCUCUCCCAUCAGCCACCAGUUUGAUGUGGUGAGCCCCUCACACAUCUGGGUGUUUGCCCACGUUACUCAGGGACAGGACCCCUGGGUCAUCAGCUUCUCCAGCUACCUGCGGCAGGAGAACCUGCCCAAACAUUGCCCCACUGCCCUCAACUAUGCCUGGAUGUUUGCCAACACCCGACUGCAGUUACUGUCCCCCCAAGUUGACAUCAAUAGCCCCAUCAAUGCCAAGAAAGUGAACAGUCUGAGCAGCAGUGACUCCUACAUUGGCCUUUGGAGGAACUACCUGAUUCUCUGCUGUAGCUCUGCCUCAUCUUCCUCCUCCAUGUGUUCCUCAUCCUCCACCUCUGGCUCUGUCCGCUGCUCCCCACCUGAGACGCUGGCGUCCACGCCGGACAGCGGCUACAGUUAUGAUUCAAAGAUUGUUGGAACUCCGUCCCCCUCCCUUCUGUUCAAACACAUUGUUCCAAUGAUGCGCUCUGAAAGCAUGGACAUCACAGAGUCUCUUGUGUUGGGGCUUGGCCGGACCAACCCUGUGGCCUUCAGAGAGUUGUUAGAGGAGUUAAAUCCCAUCAUAAAAGAAGCUCUGGAAAGAAGACCUGAAAAUAUGAAGCGGCGCAGGCGUCGUGACAUCCUCAGGGUCCAGCUGGUCCGGAUAUUUGAGCUAUUGGCUGAUGCUGGUGUCAUCAGUCAAAUAGCCAGCGGAGGGUUGGAUGGAGAGAGCCACUCUCUGAAUAGUACACUGCUGGAGUACGUUGAUCUGACCAGGCAGCUGCUUGAGGCUGAAAAUGACAAGGACUCUGAUACACUGAAGGACAUUCGAUGCCACUUCAGUGCUCUCGUGGCUAAUAUCAUACAGAAUGUCCCAGUUCACCAGAGGAGGACCAUCUUCCCCCAGCAGUCGCUGAGGCACAGUCUGUUCAUGUUGUUCAGUCACUGGGCUGGGCCUUUCAGCAUCAUGUUCACUCCCCUGGACCGCUACAGUGACAGAAAUAUGCAGAUCAACCGUCACCAAUACUGUGCACUAAAGGCCAUGUCUGCAGUGUUGUGCUGUGGACCUGUAGCUGACAAUGUUGGCCUCUCCUCUGAUGGCUACCUCUACAAGUGGCUGGACAACAUCCUGGAUUCUCAGGACAAGAAAGUUCACCAGCUGGGUUGUGAGGCUGUAAUGUUGCUGUUGGAGCUGAAUCCCGACCAGAGCAACCUCAUGUUCUGGGCUGUAGAUCGCUGUUACACUGGUUCCCGUCGCGUGGCCGCUGGCUGCUUUAGGGCCAUCGCCAAUGUCUUUCACAACAGGGAUUACCAAUUUGACACUGUGGUGCUGCUGAACCUGAUUCUGUUCAAGGCAGCAGAUUCUUCCAGGGAAAUCUAUGAAGUUGCCAUGCAGCUGUUACAGAUCCUGGAACCCAAACUCUUCCGCUAUGCCCACAAAUUGGAGAUCCAGCGAACAGAUGGCAUCUUGACCCCUCCCUCACCUCUACCGCACCUCUACUCUGUGUCUUACUAUCAGCUGUCCGAGGAGCUUGCAAGGACUUACCCAGAGCUAACUCUGCCCAUCUUCUCAGAGGUGAGCCAGCGUAUCCAGACAGCACAUCCUGGUGGCCGUCAAGUAAUGCUGCAUUACCUCUUGCCUUGGAUGAACAACGUGGAGCUGGUUGACUUUAAACCAACUACACGGCGACCAGAGGAUUGUGGCAGUGUUGAUGAUGAAGAGGAUGCUCAUGAGCGGGAGACCAUGAUGGUCAACAGUAGGCGAUGGCUCCAUGGAGAAGGCUGGGGCUCCCCACGUGCAACAACCAUGGUGCUUAACAACCUCAUGUUCAUGACUGCUAAGUAUGGGGAUGAGUUUGCUUGGUCAGAGAUCGAGAACGUGUGGACCACUUUAGCAGACAGCUGGCCAAAGAACCUCAAAAUCAUUCUGCACUUUCUCAUCAGUAUGUCGGGAGUUAACAGUGACCCCAGCCUUUUGCCCUAUGUUAAACGUGUGGUGGUUUACUUGGGCAGAGAUAAGACCAUGCAGCUGCUGGAGGAGUUGAUGUGUGAGCUUGAGUUGACUGAUCCUGUUUGCUCAGCUGUCACUCACAUGGACAACCCUCCUUAUUACCGCAUCACCUCCAGUUACAAAAUCCCCUCAGUCACCUCAGGAACAACUUCCAGCAGCAAUACCAUGGUGCCAGGAAAUGAUGGUCAUCAUGAUAGCAAGAUCAAAGACUCUAACAUGGAGGACAGUUACACCCACUUGGAUAUCUACAGUGGCCUGAACAGUAACCUGAACCGCCAGCACCACCGUCUGGAAUCUCGUUACAGCAGCAGCUCUGGAGGCUCCUAUGAAGAAGAGAAGAGUGACUCUAUGCCACUUUAUGCUAACUGGCGUCUGAAAGUGAUGGAUCACAACCGGCCAGAGCCUCUCCCCUUCCCUCCAACAGGCGGCUGCUGGUCUCCGUUGGUGGACUACUUGCCAGAGACCAAUACCCCUGCCGUGCCACUCCACCGGUGUAACAUAGCAGUAAUUCUACUGACAGACCUCAUUGUGGACCAUGGGGUCAAAGUGGAGUGGGGCGCCUACCUGCACCUCUUGUUACAUGCAAUUUUUAUAGGGUUUGAUCACCAGCACCCAGAAGUCUAUGAGCACUGCAAACGUCUACUGCUUCACCUGCUUGUGGCCCAGGGAGCAAAUAGCAAUGUUCAGUCUGUGGCAAUGGUGCUAUUGCGCAACAGAGACUACAAUGAUCCAAGGGUCCUGACUGUGAAGCCAGUAGCUCCAGAGUUCAACCUUACAGGAGUUCAAGACCUUUUGCCAGACUGUCAGCCAUCACCUAUGACGGACUCUGGUCUCAGCUCAAGCUCUACAUCCUCCAGUAUAAGUCUGGGGACAGGGGGCACUGCUCUGCCCCACCUCUCCCCCACACUCCUCAGUGAGGUGGAUGCCACUGCUGAACAGGACAAGAAGGCUAAAGCUCUCAUUGAGUUUAUCACAUCAAGGAAGAAGGGUCCACUCUGGAACCAUGAAGAUGUAUCACCCAAGAACCCCAACAUAAAGAGUGCUGACCAGCUGAGUGUUUUUGUCCGACACGUUGUGACUGUCUUCAAACAUUCUCAGUCAGGUUUCCAGCUGGAGCCAUUGCUUAGUGAAGUAGCUCUUCAAACAGCUCUGUCUUGUCCUUCUCGCCACUACGCUGGACGCUCAUUUCAGAUUUUCAGGGCACUCAAGCAACCUCUGACUCCUGCAACGCUGUCUGACAUUCUGUCUCGACUGGUAGAGACAGUUGGUGACCCAGGAGAGGAGGCUCAGGGCUUUGUCAUUGAACUCCUCCUGACACUGGAGUCAGGCAUUGACACACUAGCAGAUACGGUCAAAAACUAUGACCUCCUCACUGCCUUAGCACAAACCUCUCCACGUGAUUUGUUGGGGCCCAAGUUUGCUUCCAACAGGAAAAGCACAGGCCAGCUAAACCUAAACAGUGGUGGCCUGUUUCAUUAUGUCCAUACACGCAGCAACUCUCUGCGGGCUAAUCUGAUGGGUGAACGGAAAGGUGACCGACGCAGGAGUAACACCAUAGACAUUGCCGACAGACUUGGUGGUAGCCACGGAAAUCUAGCACGCACGCGGAGCUUAUCAUCGCUAGGUGGGGGAGGGGGUCAAGGGGGGGACACCAUCCCCCCUGUAGACCCUGCGAACCUGAUGGCCACCGUGUUCUGGAUUGCUGCUUCGCUGCUUGAGUCUGACUACGAGUUUGAGUAUCUGCUGGCCCUGCGGCUCCUGAACAAGAUGCUGGGCCAGCUGCCUCUGGAUCGUGCAGAUAGCAGAGAGCGUCUGGAGAAGAUCCAGGCCAAGCUGAAGUGGUACAGCUUCCCUGGGCUGCUGCAGCUCUUUCUGAAGGGCUUCACCUCUGCUUCUACUCAGGAGCUCACCAUCCAUCUGCUCAGCAAACUCAUCAGUGUCUCCAGACAUACACUGGUAGACCCCACACAAGUAGCAGGUUUUCCCUUGAAUAUCCUGUGCCUCCUACCACAUCUCAUCCAGCACUUUGACAGCCCUACUCCUUUCUGCAAGGAGACAGCUGAUAAAAUAGCCAAGGUGUGUGCUGAUGAGAAGUCAGCCACUCUCUCCAACCUGGCCCACAUGAUGAGCCUGUACAGCACACACAGCUAUUCCCGUGACUGCACCAACUGGAUCAAUGUGGUCUGUCGCUACCUCCAUGAUGCCUUUGCUGAGAUCACCCUGAACCUGGUCACUUACUUGGCUGAGUUGCUGGAAAAGGGUCUUCCCAGCAUGCAACAGUCCUUGUUGCAAAUCAUCUACAGCCUACUGAGUCAUAUUGACCUUUCAGCAGCCCCUGUCAAACAGUUCAACCUGGAGAUCAUGAAGAUCAUUGGCAAAUAUGUUCAGAGCCCACAUUGGAAGGAGGCUCAAAACAUUUUAAAGUUGGUGGUUUCUCGCUCAGCCAGCCUUGUUGUCCCAGAUGAUGUGCAGCGAUCCUACAGCACAGAAUCAUGUGGAUCUCCUGAAAUUGCUUUUACACGCAUAUUCAACAACUCUUCAAAGGAGCUGCCUGGAAAGACUCUAGACUUCCACUUUGACAUCUCAGAGACACCAAUCAUAGGACAUAAAUAUGGUGAUCAGCGCACUGCAGCAGGCCGCAAUGGAAAGCCGCAGGUGAUUGCUGUAACUAGAAGUACCUCCUCCACCUCAUCUGGAUCCAACUCCAAUGGUCUGGUGCCAGUUAGCUGGAAGAGGCCUCAACUCUCCCAGAGAAGAACCAGGGAGCGGCUGAUGAAUGUGCUGUCUCUAUGUGGCCCAGAGUCCGGCAUCCCCAAAAAUCCAUCUGUGGUGUUCUCAUCCAGUGAGGAUCUGGACUCUGCUGACCAGCAGACCAGUCUCAUUCCCACAGUGGAGGAGGUGGUCAGAGAGGAGGAGGUGCAGGGAGAAGAUGCAGGCAGUGAGCAGCAGUUUGGUGUCUUCAAAGACUUUGACUUCUUAGAUGUAGAGUUGGAAGAUGCUGAGGAAUUGCAGGGGGAGAGCAUGGACAACUUCAAUUGGGGGGUGCGCCGUCGUUCCUUGGAGAGCAUGGACAAAGGGGACACGCCAUCUUUGCAGGAGUGCCAAUACACCGGCAGCACACCAAGCCUCAACCUGACCAACCAUGAGGACACGGAUGAAUCAUCUGAGGAGGAGGUACUGAGUGCUAGCCAGAUUCUCACCCGCUCUGGCCUUCUUAACAGUGACUCUGCCACAGAUGACACCGUAUCCAACCAUGUGGACUCUUUGCAGCAGUCUCAAGAAUCAUCCAGCAGUGCACUGACUGAGGAGUCGACUGUCCUUCCCUCACUACCCUCCCUUCCUCAGCUGGAUAGCCCUAUUUUGGAGAUGGCCCACUCAGACAGUACCAGCAGCCAGCUGCCUGAGGAUGCUGUAAGCAUGAUGGCGGUCGAUGAGUUGAGCAGCAGUGUUAGUGAGGACACAGGGUUUUGUAGUGCACCCCCUCUGCCCUCUGACCCUCCAGAGCUGUGUUACCUCCCAGACUCACAUGAUCCUCAAGAUUCUCAGGAUGCUCAGGACCACCAAGAGACCCAGGACCCUCAGGAAGACCUGGAUCCAGCCCCCCCUCCUCCUUUGGCUAUUGACACCCCACCAGGGUCCCUCUGUGAGGAGGAAUCCCAGACGGUCCUGCCUCUAUGUCUGCCUCUGCCACCCGAGUCAAAGCCAGAUCCUGAUCCAGACCCAGACAGCACCUGUGGCUAUUUGUGGGAGGAAGAUGUAACACAAGCACUCAAAGAGCUGGAUGAGCGCUGUGAGGAGGAGGAGGCUGACUUCUCUGGCAUGUCCAGUCAAGAUGAAGGUGACGCAGACUGCUUUCCAGAGAUUCAGGCCUCUCCGCCCCCUUCUCCCUUCCUCUCUGCCAUCCUGGCAGCAUUCCAGCCUGUUGCCUAUGACAAUGAGGAGGAUGCUUGGCGUUGCCAUGUCAACCAGAUGUUGUCAGACACAGACGGCUCCUCCGCUGUUUACACUUUCCACGUGUUCGCCCGACUCUUUGAGAAUAUGCAGAGGAAAUUUGCCUCCAUUACACAUGCAUCUGUUCACUUUCUCGGGGAAAGGCUCCAGCGAAUGGGAAAUCAGUUCCUCAGCUCCCUGGAAGUUAUGACAUCUUGCUCUCAAUGUCCAACUGUGCUGCUUGAUGCUGAGACGCUGGUCUCUUGUGAACUGUUGGAGACUCUGAAGUUCAGUGUGCUGGAGUUGCAGGAACACCUGGACACCUACACCGUCAAGAGAGAAGCAGCAGAGCUUUGGCUUGAGAACUGCAGGAAAACAUUUGGGGACAAAGACGGCAACCAACAGCUCAAUACUCAUGCACAGCAAAUGGAAAAUCUAGCAGAGCUGGAGUUGUGUCGCAGGCUCUAUAAGCUGCACUUUCAGCUGCUGCUGCUCUUUCAGGCCUACUGUAAACUCAUCAGCAGGGUUGAUACCAUCAAGAGGGAGGCAGAGGUGACCAACAUGUCUGAAGAACUCACAAUCCUGGAGAGCUGCUUAAAGGAGGCGGAAACGAGGAGCGAUACUCAGGAGGAUGUGUGUAUGUCAGACACUGGGCAGAUCAACACAGAGACGGCUAUCCAGUCUCUGAUCGAAACUCUGAGAGCCAGAGAUUUCGGCUUUGCCCUCACACAGGUCAAAAUCUUUCGGUCCAUGUGGCCCAACGACAUUUUCGGCAACGAGACGGAUAAUGCGGUUCAGACGCUUUUGCACAUCUACUUCCGGCACCAGACACUGGGACAGACGGGCUGCCUGGCAGUCGUGGGCCCCAGCAGGGACCUGACGCAGGCGAGCACCCGCCUCAUGGAGCUCAACCUACAGAUCCGCGAGGCUCUGAGUCAGGCACAGGCCUGCCAGCCACACACCACUGUGGUCAGCAGCACUGGACUGUGAGCCCGUGGCACUGCGGACUAGAACAGACUUGGACCCCGCCGUCUGUGCAGACCUCUCCUCAGCUGGAGAGGGAGUGUAGGUGGCGCGGGGCCGCGGAGGAGGACAAGAGAGACUCCACCUUUAAAGGGCUAAAGGAUGUGUGGGAAUAACUGUGACUCUUAAUAUAUAUUAUUACAUGUAUGAAUGCUUAAAUCUAAUCUAUCUUUUCCCUGACUAAGCCAACUUGCAAAAUUCAGUUGCAAUAAGUCAUGCGGUGGUGUGCCUGAGACGGAAGAAAAGAGGACGUAGUGGGAUGACAACUUUUUUUUUCUAUUUUCUGUUUGACUCCUUUUCCUCUCUCUCUCUCUCUCCCUCCCUCUCUCUUUUUUUUAUUAAUUUUGCUGAAUCUGACUCAAUAAGCAUAUCGUAGUGAUCGGGGGCCGAGGCCGGGGCUGGGUUUUGGUGUUUGUACGCAUGUAGAACAGUCCAGAAGAGGGUGCUGUACGUGUGAGGAUACACCGUCAAGAUUCAUGAGCAAAAAAAAACAAAACUUAUAAAAGAAAAAAAAAAUGUUUUCCAAAGCAUGCUUGAAAGAGAAAAGCACUGCAAGAAUAUUUUUUUGAGAAAUGUAUUUUUUAUUAGAGCUAACAUCCUAGGUUGUAAAUGUUAGGGUAUUUAACAUGUAAUUGUAACCCUGUGGGAAAUGUUUGCCUUCAGGGAGUGUAAAAAGAGAAAUAUAUCUGUUUAUUGAUCUGCUUUGAGAGGAAUGUUAACCUUCAACAGGUCUUCACGCAAAACUCACUCUUAAACCAAAUAAGUAGCUGCCUGUAGAGACUCUCGACUGUGUGAUUAUAUAUUGGAUAUUUUCUGGUAUACGCUCACACACAAAUGCAUAUAAUUGCACACAGGUGCAGAACUGGCUACAGCUCAUAAUGGAAACAUAACUUAUUUUACUCUGUAUAUAUUUUAGAGAAAUGUAUAGUGUAAAACCAGUAUUUUUCCCUUGUACUUUUGUGUAAUGCACUGUUCAUCCGAGUAGGAUGUAUGUAUAAAGCUAAUGUGAUGAGAGAAAGCCAAGACCAGAUUUGAGUCGUUAAUGAUCCAGAUCCAUUUUUUUUUUUGUCAUGUAGUCACAAACUUUUGAAAUUUCCCAAAGGCUGCCUUGGUUUUUGGUGGGUGUGGUCGUGUUUCAAAGAGGGUCAGGCUCAUUUGGGACAAACCACCCGUCGGUCUUUAUGAAGGCAUGGGAGAUGUAAUGUAGCCUCUACCUCCUGUUGACCGCACCAGUCCAGCCAAGCCACGUCAUAUGCAUUCCUUCUCUACUGUCAGGACAGCGCCCCCUGCAGCGGGAGACUUGUUUAUCCAUGCAGGCUAAUCCCAUUGCAAAGCAGCGCUUGUCCUCCACAUUUGAUCUCGUUUUCCUUUGUGUGUGGUGUCACUGAAGCCGAGUUACUCCGUUAGGAUGGCCCUACAUGCUGCUGUGACUGCAGGACAAACUGUUACAUUAGACGCUCUCUGUAAAUCUUGUCAUGGCACAUUGUAACAGUCACUGUACUCAUUCCUCAGCUUUUUUUCCUCCCCCCUGCUUGUCUGGUACAUUGAAUGCUGUUCUUAUUUAAUAGAUUUACCUGGAAGAUGUUUUAAUGUAGAGGUGCAUUAAUAUUUUCUUGUUCACUCACAUACCAGCCUUCUCUCUGGAUAAAUAAAAGCCUAAUCAUAAA